UGACGGGAGCGCUGCAAAUUGCAGAGCGCCCCGGGAGGCGAUGCUAUUCGUUUGUGGGUGUGAUAUCCCAGGGAUGAGCUCCUGCAGCAGGACGCAGAGAUAGAGGGGUGUUUGUUUGGGGGGAGGAAAGGGUGGGGGAAAACUGGCGAGGUCUGUAAAUAUCUGCUACUGCCUUUAGAGCGCCCGGCGCCUUGAGGAAGAGAGAACCUUGAAACAGCAAGGAUACGUUUAGCAACACUGAGUAACAAUUAGAACCACAACCAUUGUUUCCAUCGGCCGCUAACAGCUGAUCAGUGGUGACAAAUCCGGCUGUAAUCGCAUCUUCCAGGAACAGACAGGACUGAGCGUUAAACACCCCCCAUCUCCGGCUAAAACAAGGCUGGUAAAGCCGAGAAAGAGUGGGGUGGAAAAAAAAUUACGAGAAGGGAGUGGGUGUAAGAUUGCGAAUCCAACAUGGGCCACCCUCCGCUGGAGUUCAGCGAUUGCUCCCUGGACAGCCCAGAUUUCAGGGAGCGGCUCAAAUCUUACGAGCAAGAGCUGGAGAGGACGAACAAAUUCAUCAAGGAAGUCAUCAAGGACGGCACCUCGCUCAUCAAUGCGAUCAAAAAUUAUUCCUCUGCUGUGAUAAAGUUUUCACAAAGCCUGAAUGUAUUUCAGUUUGAAUUCAUUGGAGAUACGUUGACUGACGAUGAAAUCAACAUUGCUGAAUCUUUCAAGGAAUUUGCAGGGCUGCUGCAGGAAGUGGAGGAUGAGAGGAUGAUGAUGAUUCAGAAUUCCAGUAACAUGCUUAUUAAGCCUUUGGAAAUUUUUAAGAAAGAUCACAUUGGAGUUGCAAAGGAAAGAAAGAAAAAAUUUGAAAAAGAAAGUGAGAAGUUCUACUCUGCACUUGACCGACACCUGGGUCUUUCUUCAAAGAAGAAAGAGUCCCAACUUCAGGAGGCAGAUGUACAGGUUGAUAAAGAAAGGCAGAACUUCUAUGAGGCAUCUUUGGAGUAUGUGUACAAAAUUCAGGAGGUUCACGAGAGGAAGAAGUUUGAAGUGGUAGAGCCGGUGUUGGCAUUCCUACAUGGGCUGCUCACAUUCCAUCAUCUGACCUUUGAACUGACUCAGGAUUUCAUGCCCUAUAAACAGCAGCUUCAGUUAAGCUUGCAGCACACGAGGAAUCACUUCAUGGGCACUCGAGAGGAGAUGGAGGAUCUCAUGAAAAGAAUGAAAGAAGCUCCACAAACCUGCAAGCUACCAGGACAGCCAACCAUUGAAGGCUACCUCUACUCUCAGGAGAAACGGGCUCUAGGAUUCUCCUGGGUGAAAUACUACUGCAAAUAUGUGAAAGACACCAAAAUUCUAACCAUGAUCCCAUGUGAUCCAAAACCUGGGAUGAAGCAAGAAUUUAAGCUGAAAUCCUGCAUUAGAAGGAAAUCGGAAUCCAUUGACAAGCGAUUCUGCUUUGAUAUAGAGAUGUUUGAAAGGCAAGGCCCUGUCACACUCCAAGCGCUCUCAGAAGCCAACAGAAGCUUAUGGAUUGAAGCAAUGGAUGGCAAAGAACCAAUCUAUAUUACGCCCAAUGCAAAACCAGAGCAAAUGCAACUGAAUGAACUGGGCAUAAAGUUUGUGAAGAGAUGUAUUAAUGCGGUGGAGACCAAAGGAAUCACCACAGAAGGUGUUUACAGAACUGUUGGCAGCAACCUCCAAGUACAGAAGCUACUAACUCAGUAUUUUGAUCCAAAUCAUCCUGGUGAUGUUGAUCUCCAGAGUUCCGAGUGGGAUAUAAAAACAAUCACCAGCGCACUGAAGCACUACCUCAGGAAUCUUGAAGAGCCAGUAAUGACUUACAAGCUCCAUAGAGAACUCGUCUCUGCCUCCAAAUCUGACAACCUGGAUUACAGACUUGGUGCCAUUCACUCCUUGGUGUAUAAGCUACCAGAGAAAAACUGGGAAAUGCUGGAACUUAUAAUUAAACAUCUUGUGAAUGUUUGUAGCCAGAAUAAGAAGAACUUGAUGAAUGCUUUCAACAUGGGGGUGAUAUUUGGACCGACAUUAAUGAGAGCACAAGAAGAUACAGUUGCGGCCAUGAUAAACAUCAAGUUUCAGAACAUUGUUGUGGAAAUCUUGAUCGAACAUUAUGGAAAGAUUUUUAAGUUCGCACCAGAGGAGAAUGCUGCUCCUCCAGUACCACCUCCCAGAGCCGCGCCCAGGAAGCGGCAACCAAUCACAAUUUCCAAACGUGCUGCCAGGCCUCGCACUAACCUCGACUCUUGCCUUCCCAGGGAUGGAGAAGACGAUGUGGGAGAAGUAAACUACGACGCCAGUGGCGCCAAUAGUCCAGAGACAGGUGGUGUGGGCUCCCCAUCAAGCCCUGUACCUCUACAGCGAAAUACUAGACCAGGUGUGGGCAGCCAGAAGGUGGCAGAAACUGAAUCUUCUCUUCGGCAGGCCACAGGUAACCAGAAUUGGCGGCCCCUCUCAGAGAUGGAAGUAGGGAAAUCCGUACCGAAAAUGAAAGACGGAGGUUUGAAGCCAGCAUCAAAGUCUAUAAAUGGGGUGCCACAGUCUGAUCAGACCACUGCCAAUGUGUCUCGAGUACCAUCCUUGCGCACAAAGCCUACUUCCAAGAUGUUUUACACUGAAGCUGGUGAUUAUAGUAAUGUUAAUGUACAGCGAGCUCAUCAGGAGAAGACCUCCUCUGGCCUGCAACGUCCUCCCAUGAGACCACCAGAUCCUCCUUGUCGAGAUAAAGUUACUCCAGUGCUGAAAGCAGAGCAGUCCACUAGCACGGAAGAUACUUCAUCUUCUGUGGUUGCUUCCAGAGCCAAGUUUUUCGAAAAUGCUGCUAGAAAAACAGGCGGUGUGAAUGCUUCUCCACCACGGUCUCCCUCUGUAGCACGCACAAUUACUGCAAAAGAUGAGAGCCCAAGCAACAUGCACUCAUUUAGUCGAUCAUAGUCCUGGUUUCUCACUACUGUAGAGACAGUCUUUUGAAUUCAUGAGAGGAAAGCCUGGCUGGUUUCAGGGAAGUUUGCUGCAUCAGAACUGGAAUGGAUACUUCUGUGAACUAAUUUGCACUUAUCAAGAUCUCAUUAAGAGCACCAAAGAUCCUCCAGAUUAUCCGAAUGGAUUCUGACAAGAGAUUGUUCCAUUCCGACAAUGUCUGGGGCAGUGUAUUAGAUGACUGCUAUGAGUCAUCAGAGUGUUCUUGGGCUUUUUUUCUUGAAUUUUUUCAAUUGGUUCAGAUGUGUUUUGUUAUGUGCCUCUUCGGUGGAACGAAAAAGAAACUCUGCUUUGUGUGAGGGCAGCUACAUAUUUUAAAACUUUAAAAUACUGCUGCAAAUCCACAAAAGCUUUGUUAAAUGUGCAAUGUACUUUACAACAAAAGAACAUGCAAAAAUUAGGGACUAGCUUGUGGAAGAUUUUGCUUGACUAUCACUCUAAGUAGGUUAAAUGUUUAAAAAGAAAAGGUGGCUGGACCCCCCAAGCAUUUUAGAAACUGUGAAUUGUGAUUAAAAAUGCAAAGUGUAAAAGGUUGAUGGUACUAUCAGUGAAAGUAGUUAAUACUAUAGCGAGGGCUGGAUAGGUGAUGAGAGAUUAUUUUUGAAACAAAGCUACGUUAUUGUUUGGAGUACGUGAGGCAGUCAAUGUUGCUCUGAAACAUCAAAGUCACAAGUUUCUGGAGAUAUUUACUGUGAUUUGCUGCCCUUGUUGUGAACUGGGACGUGGUGACAUUUGAACCCUGCUUUUGGAAGCUGUUUCCCAACCCCCCUCGUUUUGAUUGAUAGAAUGGUUUACACAACAGACAAAGCACACGAGAGGGACUAAAUGCAGAAAUAGACAAAAAACAAACUCAGCAAAUAAAUAUAUAUGGUUAACCAGUCCAUCCAUUACAGAUUAGUGGCAAAUAGCAUUAAUCCCCAAUCAUUCACUUUUGUCUAUUUUAAAGACUUCAUUUCAAAAGGGUUGAAACUUUCCAAUGAAAUUGGGAUUGAGAGAAUAUGGUACAAACACUGUACUUUCACCUCAAUGUCUGGUUUGGUUCUAGUUCAGAUUACUGUAAUAAAUGGUUUAUAUCACUAAGGGUUCCAGGAAAAUGGAGUUAGGAGCCUCAACAUUACUUGAAUUAGUCUUUCAUAUUGACACCAACUAGCGAUGCAGUCAAAACGGUCUGAAAUGGCAAUAAUACACAGAUGUAGUUGUAAUCUUCUAAAUCUGAAGAAGAGACACAUUUGGGGGAGAUCAAAAGAACUUCUUAAUUGUGUAGCUAUCUGCACCUUGUCCUACAUCAGAGUGGUUACUGCAGCAAGAGGGCAAGAAUAGGGAAGGUGUUCCAUUCUCCACCCUGGCUAACACCCACCUGGCUUCAUAUAACGCACUGGUAAAUGGUUUUUGAAAAGAAAAUUUCAGAAGCAAGAUUCCAAUUGUUGAGUGUAAUGAAAGGCAGCUGGUAUACAGAGUUUCCUUGUGUAGAAAUUGGUGGCAUUUCAACAAACAUACUGAGUGCAAAUCACUGAUUUCCAAGAGGUAGCUGGACUGUGAAUCUUAGUUCAUUUGUAAUUUAAAGUAUGAUUAAAUUAUGUGGCACUUAACAUUCCUGGUAAAAUAGGAACACACGUUGCUCCUUUACUAAUUUAAAAUUCCAGAUAAAUCACUUACAUUUAGCGUUCCAUAUUUGAAAAUAUGUUUUAUUUUUGUGUAAAUGAAGUCCCAUGGGCUUGGUUCAUGCUUCCAAUUGAAGAAGGCAAGCCAUUCCUGUUCAGUCAUCAAACUACUGAGCUGAGAAGUGUGUGUGAACUGAAAAUUGAUCUUUGUUAAAACAGCACUGCAGAUGCAGAAUGAAAUACUUAAUGAGUAAAACUUCUUUUGGAAGGUGACAUUUAUAUUCAAAGUAGACAGUCAGUGGCAUCAAGGCAGAUUGAAAGGCUGAGAUUUGUGUGGCUUGAAUCCAAAGGACUGAGUUACAAAUAUUUUUUUGAGGCUUGACAUUUAAAAGCAGAAUCUAAAUUGAUUCUGCAACAUAGAACAGUUUGCAAUAUCAAGGUGUAGAGCUGGAUGAACACAGCAGGCCAAGCAGUA